UCCGCCGGUGCUCUGAACCGAUUCUAAAAUAAACUUGCCCUCUGAGAAGUUUUGUCGAAAUGGAAGUGGCGUAUGCACUAUAGAGUUAUAUAUACGAUUAUAGGAGGGGAACAUGGUAGUAGUCGGGAAUCUCUUCAGCUCUCUUCCGAGAACUCCGCCGUCUGUUCGUGCUGCUUCGGGCGCCGCCAUACUUCACGGCCGACGAGCUCCUCUCGUUGGUGCUCUCUGGGUGCUGAGCCUCGGAGCUCUCACAGCGCUCUCGUACAGAACGGGGUGCAUCCAGUCCCAGCGCCGUGUCCCCUUUUUUAGACCAAAAUUUGCGAACCAACCAUCUGUAAGAGCUCUUCAUUCUACAGGAAUGGCUGCUGCUAGCACUGUGCCUUCCAUUGUUGUCUAUGUUACUGUUCCAAACCACGAAGUAGGCAAGAAACUUGCUGAGAGUAUUGUUAAUGAAAAGCUUGCUGCCUGUGUCAACAUUGUCCCUGGACUUCAGUCUAUUUAUUGGUGGGAUGGUAAGGUACAAACGGAUUCUGAAGAGCUUCUCAUCAUCAAGACUAGAGAAUCUCUUCUAAAUUCUUUGACAGAGCACGUCAAAGCAAAUCAUGAAUACGAGGUUCCUGAAGUCAUUGCAUUGCCAAUAAAUGGUGGUAAUGAUAAGUACCUAGAAUGGAUCAAGAACAGUACUAGAGACAACUGAGUGCCAUGUGACUUUGCUAUAUGUAUUUUUUAUCCAUCUUUGGCUAUGUGACCUAGAAAAAUGUUUGAUCUGUAAGAAUAAAAGUUUGCAUUUUUACAAGAGGACUAAGAAACUGCUUGUGCUAGCCUUUGUAUAAAACAAAAGUUGCAACUUUUAAAGAGUAAUGCCUCCAGAUUGAACCGAUUGCUGGUGAUUGCAUCUCUUGAAUAUUUAGAAUCUUCUUCUCCCAAAA